AUGGAUAACCAAAGAGUGAUCUACUCUGAAAUGAAUCUUCCCCAAAACCCAAAGAAGCAGCAAAGAAAGUCUAAAAUCUCCUUUUCAGAAUGUGAACAAGAAAUGACCUAUGUGGAAUUGCACCUUCAAAAUGAAGCUCAGGAUUUUCAAGAGGAUGGCAAAGUUUCCCACUGCAAAGCUUUACCAUUCCCUCCAGAGAAGCUCAUGGCUGGAAUCCUGGGAAUCAUCUCUCUUGUCUUGCUAUUCACUGUGGUAACCAGACUUGUCAUUCCCUCUACGAUAGCACAGACGCAGAGCAAUUCUUCGCAGAACAUAGGAACUCAGAAAGCAUAUCAAUGUGGUCAUUGUCCAGAAGAGUGGUUCACAUAUUCCACUAAUUGUUACUACGUUGGUAAGGAAUGCAAAACUUGGAAUGAAAGUUUGACGGCCUGUGUUUCUAAGAACUCCACUCUGCUUUACAUAGAUAGUGAAGAAGAAAGGAAAUUUCUGGAUUCCCUGUCACUUUAGUCAUGGGUUGGAAUCUUUCGUCAGAGCAGUGGUCAUCCAUGGGUGUCAAUAAAUGGCUCAACUUUCAAACUUAACAUCGAAGAAACAGAACUUGGUGAACGUAAUUGUGCUUUCCUACUCUACAGACUUCAAUCAGAUGUAUGUGGAUCUUCAAGAAUUUACAUCUGUAAGCACAAACUUUAG